ACAGAGAUGUAAUUCGAUCUCACAAUCAGUAGUUGAAGGAAUUUUGCGGGAUAAACACGAAUCUUUUUCACGAAUUGUUCGUUAAGAUUUUAAUUUCUCACUCAAGUAUAUAAUUCGCGUUUUCGAAAAUUUUUAUCAAAAGAGAAAAGCAACAACCUUUAUAUUUAACGCCUUUAUAUUUAACGACCAUAACAGAGGAUACCAACAGUUGACGUACUCGACCCUGAUGCUAUUCAAAUCUACGACAAUCUUGAGAGAUAUUGCAUAUCCUUGUUGAUAUUGCAUUCAUUCUCAAAGGGAACAAGAUGCAAUAAAGUGCCAUCACAUGAACCACUAAUUCUUUGUGCCAGUCGUGCAUUUGUGAUAUAAAUUGUGCCUGAAGAUCGCAUUUGCAGUCUAAAUAUUACUCAAGCUAUAUCGAUAUCAAAGAUUAUGAUAGAACUUUGAUACGUCGCGAUCAGAAAGAUCCGUACUAAAUACUGAUAUCUCAAAACUAAGAUCAUCCAAGAAACCAAAGAUUCUCGAGGAACGUCAUCUCAGGAAUUUAUCUCGCUGUAUUUAAUGUCUGACUCGACUAUGUUUAAUGUAUGUAUGACUCGACUGUGUUUAAUGUCACAAUUCCAGCUAUCUACAGGGGGAAAAAAUCAACAAACUGCAAUACUGAAGGUUGAAAUACAAAUGAAGUAUUAAAAUUGAGAAGAGAUAUCGACACAUUGUACACGAAUUUGACAGAAGAUCAGAAACAAAGAUUUAUCUCACGCGCUAUAAAAAAAAAGGACGCAGCUUCGCGAGAUGCUCAAGUCCUGCUUGCUGAUCUUAUGCCUGGGAUAUGGCGGUGCGAUCUUGCCACCGGGUAUGCUCGAGUGGAUCGACCACUUCUUCUUAGGCUUCCCACCAAGGCGGGAGACUCUCGAUUACACUCUGCCCUUUGACUUUGUGGCGAUCGGCGCCGGCUCGGCGGGAUCCGCGCUCGUCAAUCGCCUGACCGAGAAUCCCGACUGGAACGUGCUGGUGCUCGAGGAGGGCAACGACGAGAACUUCCUCACAGAUAUCCCCUUGCUCGCGCCGGCUCUUCAUAACACGGACUACGUCCGCAUGUACAAGAGCGAGCCGCGACCGCAGGAUGCGAACGGCGACGGCGGAUAUUGCCUGUCGAUGAACGAAGGCCGUUGCAACGUAGUGUGCGGUAAGGCAGUCGGCGGCACCUCGGUAGUGAACUUCAUGAUCUAUUCGAGGGGAGCGCCGGCCGAUUACGAUGCCUGGUGGGCCCCUGAUAAUCCCGGCUGGAGUUACAAGGACGUGCUGCCGUAUUUCAUCAAGUCCGAAAGGUGCAAGCUGAUCGAUAAAGACGCGAGAUACCACGGAUACGAUGGAUACCUGGAUGUCACGAACCCUCCUUUCGCCACUCCGCUGAAGGAAUGUUUCUUGAAAGCCGGCCAAGAACUCGGUUAUGAUCUGGUAGAUUACAACAGCGAUAGGCUCAUAGGUUUCUCGACCGUCCAAACGACUCUUCGAAACGGGCACCGGGUUAGCGCUGGCAAAGCCUUUCUCAGGCCGAUUCUUAAUCGAAGAAAUUUUUAUUUAUCCAAGUUUUCGAAGGUGACGAAAAUUGUUAUUAAUCCAAAGACGAAAACAGCCGUGAGCGUUGAAUUCAUGAAGAAUCAUAAAACAUACUUUGUCUCCGCUACUAAGGAGAUUAUACUCUGUGCAGGUGCUCUCAAUUCACCGCAGUUACUGAUGCUGUCCGGAAUAGGUCCAAAAGGUCACUUGAAUUCUUUUGGAAUCCCUGUAAUCGAGGAUCUUCCAGUAGGAUUUAAUUUACAGGAUCACGUGAGCAUGUCAGCUUUGACGUUUCUAGUCAAUGAGAGCGUGUCCAUUGUGGAGCAGCGUGUAGGUUCCAAUCCAGUUAAUUUCCUGGAUUACUUGAUACGAGGCACAGGUCCUUUGGCGAUACCUGCAGGCACCGAAACAUUAGCUUUCAUUAACACUAAGGCUCAUUUGAGUAAAACGCGGCGGAAAGAGUCUAAGCUUAUUAAAUCCAUUAUCCAAGGUGUAAAUGUACGCGAAAACAAUGAGCGACAGUAUGCUUGGAUUGCUCCCAAUGUAACUUCCAUCACCGUUAAUCGUGAAACGCAUACCAACGAGCGGAGAUUAUUGACGGAAGACGACUAUCCCGAUAUCGAGCUGUUGAUGGGCGGGAGCUCGUUACUCGGUGAUAUUUCCGGGUUUUAUCGCAAUUUGCUCGGAUUAACGACGGAUUUUCACAAAGAGCUUGCCAAUGGUUACGAUGGCUUCGAUGCUUUCACGCUCGUGCCUGUGCUUCUGCGACCCAAGAGUCGCGGUAGACUCACCUUGAGAAGCACCGAUCCAUUGGACUCACCGAUCAUCGAUCUCAAUUAUUACGAUGACGAGGAUGAUCUAAAUACAAUGGUGCAAGCUAUAAAAAUAGCGAUCGAAAUAGCCUCCACGAAAGCGUUCGAACGUUACAAUGCCACGCUGCUACCGGUGCCAUUUCCGGGAUGCAGACACAUUGCUUUCAAGAGCGAUCCGUAUUGGGCCUGCAUCGCCCGUCAUGUAUCGACGACUAUAGCCCAUUUCUCGGGCACGUGUAAAAUGUCCACGCGGAGAAAUUUGGGCGUGGUGGAUCACAGGUUACGGGUGCACGGAAUUAGCGGUCUCAGGGUCGUGGACGCCAGUAUCAUGCCGACCAUAAUCGCCGGUCACACGACCGCGGCCGCAUACAUGAUCGGCGAGAAAGCCAGCGACAUGAUCAAGGAGGAUUGGAGAGAUUCUGCUCCAUGAAUCACACACACACACACAUACUCACAUACAUAUACGUACGUGUGGGAAGUAAGAAAGUUAGGAGAAUGUUACGAGAUAAAACAUAUGGGAUACGUUAUCUUGAAAACGCGGAGACUGUGAUUAAAUGAAAAUCACUUUUGAAUUCGAAGGAAAGCGAUAAUGAGGGCAUUGAUCUUUGUGCCAG